AUGGAUGAAAUCACAGCUCUCAAAAUUGCGUUACAUAACACUUUUGCCAUUAAAGAUCUUGGUCCAUUGAAGUAUUUUCUGGGAAUUGAAAUAGAUCAAUCACCACACAGUCUCUUUCUAAAUCAACGAAAAUAUGUUGUUGAUCUCCUAGAUGAAGCAGGAAUGAAGGACAUCAAGCCUGCUCGUACUCCUCUCGAUAGCAAACUCAAACUAGACAUUACAGGAGAAAAUCUAACUGAUGUUUGCAGCUACCAGCGUCUAGUAGGCAAGCUGAUCUAUCUGACAAUCACAAGACCAGAUCUCACCUAUGCAGUAAGCUUGGUCAGUCAAUUUUUGCAUUCUCCCACAACUCAUCAUCUCUCGAUUGUAAAAAGAAUUCUGCGUUAUCUGAAGGGCACAGUUAGUAGAGGAAUAGUGAUGAGAAACAAUUCUCAUUUCAAAAUGGCAGGAUACUCCGACUCAGAUUGGGCAGGAAAUGCAAUUGAUAGAAAAUCCACAGCUGGAUAUUGCACAUUUAUUGGAGGUAACCUUGUCACUUGGAAAAGUAAAAAACAAACGGUGGUUGCAAGAUCAAGCGCUGAAGCUGAGUAUCGUGCAAUGGCAUCCACAACUUGUGAGCUCAUUUGGCUAAAAAGCUUGUUGGCAGACUUAGGCUUUCAAACCACUGCACAUAUUCCUUUGCAUUGUGACAACCAAGCUGCUAUGCAUAUUGCAGCCAAUCCGGUUUUUCAUGAACGUACCAAACAUAUUGAGGUUGAUUGUCACUUUGUUCGAAAUCAAGUCCAAGCUAAGCUCAUUGAAACAGUCUACACCAGAUCAUGUGAUCAACUUGCAGAUGUUUUCACUAAGGUUCUUGCUUCUGCACAGUUUGAAUGA